AUGGUCAAGUUGCCGACUUUGAGACGAAGCAUUCGAGACCAAGUUCGACGGCUGCGUAGUCUACAGAGGUCGGAAAGUGUUUGCGACGCUAACCGCCUGAAGGCACUGGAGAGCUUUAUGGACGCCGUGGAGGCGGCGGAUGUUGAGAUGCUCUUUCGUAAAGGCGACUGGGACAUGGUAAUUUUCGCUUUAAAUGACAUUAUUUGGAACGCUCCGUUAGAGGUAGCUGCACGGGGCGCGAGUGUGCUCAGUCGCACGAAUCGCCGGUUGCUCGCAGUGCACGGCGCUCUCCACGAGCAGCCUCCUGGACGAGCUUUGACCACACCCAUUCUCGUCGCAGAACGAAGCGAGCGUCUCACAAGGCUUGCAGCAUUUGCGCGCACCCGCGUUCUUACCUUGCCGGUGCUCAUACGCCGCCUUUUUCGAGCUGUGCUCGACGCUCCAGCUGCAAACUCGGAAGCAUGCACGCUGCUCCAGAAUGCCGUUUUCUCCUGUCUCAGUACGAAUUGCGGCACACAAGAUGCGCAGCAUUCGCAGAUUUCCCUAAGCUCUCGACUCAGUCAACUGAUAUAUUCCCUGGUAUGCUUUGCGUAUGAGGUGGAUCAGGCAUCUCUGGAUGUCCUGUUGGAUCACGUCUGUGCGAUUUGGAGGUCUGUUGCUACAGAGCCUUCCGGCUGGAAUGCCCCGCUUCCGUGGAUGCUGGAAGCACCCUCAUCGAUAACAGAUGCCUUUUGGGCGUCAUCGGCUCCGUGCUUGGAGCGGCAGUGCGACAUGGCUACGGCCUCUGUACAUGCUGUUCUCGCCGCUCUGUUGAGCGAUAUGAAACUGGCGGCGGAUGCGCAGCGACGACUCCUGUACCGAAUUCACUCGAUGAUACAGGAGCUGCGUGCGGCCAGAGAUAGCUUUCACGUCGCCCCAGUCUCUUCGAUACCAUACGCAUCCGAAUGGUUCUUCGAAGCGCUGACCACGCGGCUUGUCGAUGAGCCCCAGCUGGUCUGCUUAAUCCUGUCGAAAUUAUGUGGCUUCGAGGACGACAAUCCGGAUACAAGCGCGAUGCUUUUGGUCAGUCAGACGCAGAUGAGAUGCCUGGUACGCACGAUCACGUUACGACAUUUGCUGCGGCAGGCAGAAGCCUGCGAAGCAGCCGCACGCAUUCUCCUUCUGCUACUAAGCUCCAGCGUCGUCGUGAAGAAUUUAGAAGCUUGCGACUUUGCGUUGUGUAUAUUCGUGGCAUGCCUUAUGCUGAGCGACGCCAGAAAUUACCCCGGAGUGCACCAAAGCCGGUCUGUCGCGGCAACGAAUGGGCUCGAAGAUAGAACAACGGUUCAAGGCGAGAACUGGAGACAUCAGUACGGCGAUUUGUUGCUGAGCGCUCUUGUUUCGGUGUUCGGCGAUACGCAGCUGCGACCCGUACUGCUUUUCAACAUGCUACACUACAGGUGCUCGAAAGCGAUGAUCAGAUUUCUCGGAACUGGCGGUGAAAUCAAUAUCCGCGACGCUUUCGCGGUGUCUGUUCUGCGAGAUGAACAGCAUAUCGCCGCUCAGGUGCAAGCAGCGCUCGGCCAGACUCGAGAGCGACUCGAAUCGCUCUUCGCUGAGGAGCCUGUACCAGAAUACAAUGAAGCCUUUCCACAGAUUCGAAGCGCCCUGCACGCUGCUGCUUCUGCUGUGGAGCAAGGAGUCCGCAGUGCCUGCACCGCGAGCGCGAUCAUGAAGCAAGGCGAAGCGGGUGCCGGAUGCGUCUCCAUCUCGUCGGUCUCGGAGGCGACGCGCCCAUCCAUGGCAUCGUGGGCGUGGACGGCAGCUUUGAGCGUGUAUGCUCGGGAAUAUCAAGACGCUGCACCGCAUUUCGCCGAUGCCUCGCACGCUUCUGACUUUUCAUGUUCGCCGGCAGACGUUUACGCUGCGCUCAAUACGUUGCACGGCCUAUUGGCCGAAGAGAUCGUUAUCGAGGCCCGCAAGGCAACAGAUGCUGCAUGGCGAUACGAGCGCUUGCGAAUACAGAAAGCAGCGGAGCUGGAAAUUCUACGCAAAUUGCUUGACGAAGCUGAUGCCGCGAAACGUGAACUCGAACAAAGCACUCAGUGUCCGGUCUGUUUCGAACGCCUACACGCCCCGUCGGCGCUGGUUCCAUGUGGGCACGUGCUCUGCAAAAGCUGCUUCGUCACCUUAACGACAACACUUGAGGAGCACCUCUGCCCUACAUGUCGUCAAGUCUUCGAUCCGAUUUCGGCACUACGCAUCCACUUGAACUAG